AUGAAUUUAUGGAUGGAUGAGAUGCUCAGGGCGCUAACAAAUAACAAGCGUGUAGUGUUGUUUCAACACCAAGAACAAUCCUAUUCUCUGUUAAAUCGUAUCCGAGUUUUAGAAGAUGAAAUUAAAGAACUUGUACAAUAUAAAUCAAAUCAUGAAGAGCAACAGGUUAACUUUGAAAGUCAGUUAAAUGAUAAAACGUGUCAAGCUCAAGCUUUUGAAGAAAAAUUUGUAAAAUUGAAAGAAAUUUAUGCAAAACUACGUGAAGAACAUGUUGUUCUCUUAAGAAAUUAUGGGAAUGUACAACAAACUUUACAACAAGAAACAGAAAAGAAUAAAGAUUUAGAAAAAGCACUUGAAGUAAGUUUGUUCUAUUUUAUUUUUCUUCUUUUUCAGUUUUAUUUUUCAUCUUGUUAUUAA